GCGGGGCUUCCUGGGCUAUGCUUCGGAAGGCGAUGGGCGGGGCGAAGGCAUAGAUGGGGCGGAGUUUUCAGGCUUGCGUGCACGCGCCUCUUCUGGUCGCGUCGAGUGUGCGUGCGUGCGUGUUUCCGUGUGGUCACAGUUCCCGCCAUCAGCCGCUCUCCCUGAGUGGGGGGGAGCGAGCGGCCUCACUACUUAGUGUUUGGCUUCCUUUCCUUCUUUACCCCCAGCUCCUCCCCUUCCGUGUGGGCUCUGCUUUCAGCUGGCUGGUCCCGGGGCUCCGGACCCUCAGGCACAGCUGAACUGAUGGCUUCUGGAGAACCUGCAUAGGUGCAGAAUAUGAGUAGUUUCCCAAGAAGAGUGCUUUACCUUUGGGGCAAGGAACAGAAUAAAGGUGAAUUGUUAUUACAUAAGGUUUUCAGUAAAAGUCACUGAAAAUUAUUUGCUGUACAGUAACCAGAGGCUUCAAACUAGGGGCCCCCAAGCUGUAUUCUACUGGCAGAACCUAUCAGGUGAAGGUGUAUUUUUGCUUUUUAUUUUGGGUAGAAGCAAUUUAUUUUUAAAGAAAAUAUGUCUUCUCUGAAGAUACAUGGUCCUAUCAGAAUUCGAAGUAUGCAGACUGGGAUUACAAAGUGGAAAGAAGGAUCCUUUGAAAUUGUGGAAAAAGAGAAUAAAGUCAGCCUAGUAGUUCACUACAAUACUGGAGGAAUUCCAAGGAUAUUUCAGCUAAGUCAUAACAUUAAAAAUGUGGUGCUUCGACCCAGUGGAGCAAAACAAAGCCGCCUAAUGUUAACUCUACAAGAUAAUAGUUUCUUGUCUAUUGACAAAGUACCAAGUAAGGAUGCAGAGGAAAUGAGAUUGUUUCUAGAUGCCGUCCAUCAAAACAGACUUCAUGCAGCCACGAAACCUUCUCAGGGGUCUGGUAGUUUUGGAGCCAUUUUGGGCAGUAGGACCUCACAGAAGGAAACCAACAGGCAGCUUUCUUAUUCAGACAAUCAGGCCUCUUCAAAAAGAGGAAGUUUGGAAACUAAAGAUGAUGUAUCAUUUCGAAAAGUUCUGGGUAAUCCAGGUAGAGGAUCCAUUAAAACUGUAGCAGGAAGUGGAAUAGCUGUUACACGGGCAGUUCCUUCUUUGGUUCCUUCUUUGACGUCUACACCAACACCUCUCAGAUCUGGGUUACUAGAAAAUCGGACUGAAAAGAGGAAAAGAAUGCUAUCAUCUGGCUCAGAGUUGAGUGAAGAUUACCCUAAGGAAAAUGAUUCAUCAUCGAACAACAAAGCUAUGACAGAUCCUUCAAGAAAGUAUUUAAGCAGUAGUAGAGAAAAGCAGCUGAGUUUGAAGCAGUCAGAAGAAAAUCGGACAUCAGGGCUUUUACCUUUGCAGUCAUCAUCCUUUUAUGGUAGCAGAACUGGAUCCAAGGACUACUCAUCUGGUGUCACUAACUUAGACAGGAGUAAUAUUUCAAGCCAGACUCCCUCUGCCAAAAGAAGUUUGGGAUUUCUUCCUCAGCCAGCUCCUCUUUCUGUUAAAAAACUGAGGUGUAACCAAGAUUAUACUGGUUGGAACAAACCAAGAGUGCCCUUUUCCUCUCACCAACAGCAACAACUGCAGGGUUUCUCCAAUUUGGGAAAUACCUGCUAUAUGAAUGCUAUUUUACAAUCUCUAUUUUCACUCCAGUCAUUUGCAAAUGACUUGCUUAAGCAAGGUAUCCCAUGGAAGAAAAUUCCACUCAAUGCACUUAUCAGGCGCUUUGCACACUUGCUUGUUAAAAAGGAUAUCUGUAAUUCAGAGACCAAAAAAGAUUUACUCAAGAAAGUUAAAAAUGCCAUUUCGGCUACAGCAGAGAGAUUUUCUGGUUAUAUGCAGAAUGAUGCUCAUGAAUUUUUAAGUCAGUGCUUAGACCAGCUGAAAGAGGAUAUGGAAAAAUUAAAUAAAACUUGGAAGAUUGAACCUUUUCCUGGAGAAGAAAAUUCACCAGAUAUUUCUGUUACCAGAGUAUACACUUGCCCUGUUAUUACUAAUUUGGAGUUUGAGGUUCAGCACUCCAUCAUUUGUAAAGCAUGUGGAGAGAUUAUUCCGAAAAGAGAACAGUUUAAUGACCUCUCUAUUGACCUUCCUCGUAGGAAAAAACCACUUCCUCCUCGUUCAAUUCAAGAUUCCCUUGAUCUUUUCUUUAGAGCAGAAGAACUUGAGUAUUCUUGUGAGAAGUGUGGUGGAAAGUGUGCUCUUGUCAGGCACAAAUUUAAUAGGCUUCCCAGGGUCCUUAUUCUUCAUUUGAAACGAUACAGCUUUAAUGUGGCUCUCUCGCUUAACAACAAGAUUGGGCAGCAAGUCAUCAUUCCAAGAUACCUGACCCUGUCAUCUCAUUGCACUGAAAAUACAAAACCACCUUUUACUCUUGGUUGGAAUGCACAUAUGGCAGUUUCUAGACCAUUGAAAGCCUCUCAAACAGUGAAUUCCUGCAUCACCAGCCCUUCUACACCUUCAAAGAAAUUUACUUUCAAAUCUAAGAGCUCCUUAGCUUUAUGCCUUGAUUCAGACAGUGAGGAUGAGCUGAAACGCUCUGUGGCCCUCAGCCAGAGACUUUGUGACAUGUCAGGCAACGAACAGCAGCAGGAAGUCCUGGAAAAAGAUUCAAAAUUAUGCCAAAUAGAGCCUGAUAAAUCCGAAAUGGAAAACUCAGGAUUUGACAGAAUGAGUGAAGAAGAGCUUUUAGCAGCUGUCUUAGAAAUAAGUAAGAGAGAAACUUCACCAUCUCUGAGUCAUGAAGAUGAUGAUAAGCCAACAAGCAGCCCAGAUACUGGAUUUGCAGAAGAUGAUAUGCAAGAAAUGUCUGAAAAUCCAGACACUAUGGAAUCUGUGAAGUCAAAGACAAUCACAGAGCCAGAUCCUGCCAGUUUUACUGAGAUCGCCAAAGACUGUGAUGAAAAUAAAGAAAACAAAACUCCUGAAGGAUCUCAGGGAGAGGUUGAUUGGCUUCAGCAGUAUGAUAUGGACCCUGAAAGGGAAGAACAAGAGCUUCAGCAGGCAUUGGCUCAGAGUCUUCAAGAGCAAGAAGCUUGGGAACAGAAAGAAGACGAUGAUCUCAAAAGAGCUACAGAGCUAAGUCUUCAAGAGUUUAACAACUCUUUUCUGGAUGCAUUGGGUUCUGAUGAGGAUUCUGGAAAUGAGGAUGUUUUCGAUAUGGAAUACACAGAAGCCGAAGCUGAGGAACUGAAAAGAAAUGCUGAGACAGGAAAUCUUCCUCAUUCCUAUCGGCUCAUCAGUGUUGUUAGUCACAUUGGUAGCACUUCUUCUUCAGGUCAUUACAUUAGUGAUGUGUAUGAUAUUAAGAAGCAGGCAUGGUUUACUUACAAUGACCUGGAGGUAUCUAAAAUCCAAGAGGCUGCUGUGCAAAGUGAUCGGGAUCGGAGUGGUUACAUCUUCUUUUAUAUGCACAAAGAGAUCUUUGAUGAGCUUCUGGAAACAGAAAAGAAUUCUCAGGCAUUUAGCAUGGAAGCAGGGAAGACUACCCGGCAGGCCUCGUGAGGAAGAAACUCCUGGGAUGGCAGUGUGCACUGCGUACUCUCUCUUACUGCCGCCCACCUCACCUUUCCUCUGCCCAAGGAGAAUUUGGAAUUCUACAUGAUGCGGGAGCAACAAACAGCUCAGGGCCAAACCAAAAGACGAAAAUUGGAGUUAUGCAGAAUGCUCCAUACUAUUUUAUGGAAACCUUGGUCUCACAUCUGUAGCUGAUUAUCCUCUUUUCUCUCCUACAAGAGUGGCACUUCUUUUGUCUUAGGAAUACAUGUUGUAAAUAUAUAAAUAUAUAUGUACAUACACAUGCACAGGAUGAAUGGAGCCUUAAAGAGUUAAGAUGAACCACAAGACUAUGCUCAUAAUUAAUAGCACAGCAGUUUGGAGAAGAAAUGAAGGUGUCAAAGAAUCCAUUCACCUGGGAAAAGUGUGAAGAUAAACCUAUCCGUUGGCUUUUAGCUUUUAUGUUUCUGGAGUUUCUUGAAUUUCACUCAAGUCUGUAACCUUUCAUGUGUGGUUUCUUAUAGUAAAGUUCACUGGAAAGCCAGCUCUCCAUGUUACACUAAUGACAGUUUGUUCUCCUUGCAUGAGAGGGGCAUUACUGUCACCUGACUUGAGCCUUUUUUUUUUUUUUAAUUUCAUGAAUUUAUAAUAUCUUUGCCGUUUACAUGCAGUUCCAAGAAAUGGAUUGUUGGUGCUUUGGAAUGUGUAUGGUACUACAUUUGAUAUUCAUUGUACACUUUGUGUUUUCUCUAAAGAAAUUUCUUCACACAGAAUGUUUAUCAUGUAUCAUUAUGUUAUGAUGGAGAUGAAGAUAGAAUCUUUUAUUUUCUUCUGUAUCAUUCUUCCGUGGAGCAGCAUUAUCCUAACAGAUUGUAACCAAAACUUUAAAAGGUAGAAAAAUAAUAUUUCUUCAACUGGGACUCCCCAGCAGGACUGAAGAAUGCUAGCAUUUCUGUCUAACUUAGGACAAGAGAGGCAUUCUUGUGUUAAAGCUGAAUUUCUGGACCACUAAAGCUCAAAGCCCUACCACUAGUGUGAAAUUAAGUACUUGAGCUAUAGGAUAAAGGUUGAGUAUUUAAUCAUUCGGUAUCCGUCUUUGCCCUUAAAAUAGGUGGGAAUUAAAAUGUGAUCGGUUUAGGUUAUCUCAAGAAUAACAGAUAACAAAGGUGCAUAAUAUAUCUUUUUAGGUUCUCUGAGUCAAGGCUAAGUGAGGAUGCAACAUUAAGUGCUACAUUAGUCAGUUAGCUGACAUUACCAACUUGGUUAAGCACCUUAUGAAACCAUAUAAAGAAUGAGUUUGAAGGUGGAAUUCUAUCCACACAAUAAUUUUGUGAGCCCAGAUACCAGUAGGAUUGCACAGAGUUUAGUAUAGCAAAAUGAAGCUUUCAUUAGUUUUCUUUCGUGUGUUUUCUUCGCUUUUAUUGUAAACAAGGGGAUUGCUUUUCAGACAAAAACCACAUCAGGUAUUCAGGACAAAAAAAUGUUUUAAACCCCAUCAUCACAGAAGAUACAACAUCUUCUCUAGAAGAUUGCCUUAAGAGAGCUCCAGCUCUACUCCUUGAAACUUGGAUGUGUUCUAACAUAGAUAACUCUUCUAAAAUUUUGAAUCUUUGAAUUGUAAAUGGCCUCAGCACUUUUGCUUAACUACUGACAAAUACGUUGCUUCCUAUGAUCUUUGUGUACACUGUAUCGUAGUAAAUGUUCACAGUGGUACAACAGUAGGAUAUGAAGGAGUAGUUGAGUGCAAAGGAAAAUAUUUGUUUUCAAAACUAGCUUUUAAAAGUUUUGUUUCAUUUCUACCAAGAGCCUCGUUUGGUUUGGUUUGGUUUUGCUUGAAAAUAACUGGUUUUCUCAUAAAUGAGUGACAUGAUAAUCAAAAUUUUUUGGCUAGUUAUCAUUUAUCUUAACCUAUCUGUGCAUUUGAGAGCUUCUAGAAGCACUGAUAAAAAUUAUCAGGAGCAGUUUGAAGUGAGGGCUGCAUUAAGACAGAGAAGAAUAGAAAUGAUGCCGUUAAGCCUAGAAGCAGCCUCAUUUGUUUUCAUAGCUUGAACACAUGUAUGAUUUAGAAGUACACUUGGCUUAGAGACCUGGUUUGAUUUUCAUGUCUUGAGCAGGACUUGUUGAAGAUAGGUUACUAGUGUACAUGAAUUAUCUCAUUGCUCACAUACUUACAAGGUUGGGACUUGAAUUUCACUUGAUACCUAUCCUUUGUUGUGGCCUUGUCAGCCUUUUCCUUUACUCCUUUCCUUUACUCUUUUGACUACAAAUGGAGAUUUCAGCUAGACAGUGUUGAUGAGGUUUGUUGGAGGUUUUUUGAGCUCGUUAUAUAUAUUUAAAAAUUAUAAAUAGAUAAUAUAUUUUUUUUUGCACAGUGUGAUCAGUUUGCUCAGAACUGGGGGAUGGACCAGUUAGCCUGUUGGGGCCAGGAAGGGACAAGUUAGAUUGGGAGACAGAGUGCUUCAGUUCCAGGCAGUUUGCAUAGUACCUAAUUAACUAACCUUCUUAUUGAAAUACCAAAAGUACGGUUACAUUACUUUGAAUAACAUUGAAUUGGAACUUUAUAGUCACUACUUAUAGAUAACAACCUUUUGAUCUUAUUUGGAAUUUUUUGAAAGGGAAAAGCAAAACUAAAUUUCAAACUCAUUUAUUUUUAUCCCCUCAAAGUAUACAGAGUUAGAAGGGUGCAUAUGACUAGAUGCUAUUAUCCCCUUAGUAGCCAUGACUAUAAUUUCUGCCCACGAGAAGGUAGACUAUAUUUUGCGGGAAUAUAUUUAUAUGUGUGUGCACACUCAUAAGUUUUGUCUCAGCGGGAUAGAAGCAGCAGCAACUCAUUCAUGAAUUAGUCUUCUACUUAUAUUUUGAUUCCAAAAGCUAUUUGUUUACUUGCUAUGGUCUGUUAGUUCUAGCCCUAACUAAAAUGGCUCAGUAACAAGUACAACAAAUGUAAAUGUGUUUACAUUUUAAGUAUGCAGUAGUUCUUACAGAUUAGUUUACUUUGAAAGGCAAAUAUUAGACUACACAUUUUUUCUCUUUGAACAAGUGUAAAAUUCUUCUGAAAGAGAGGCUUUAAAAUGUAAAACCUAAGUAAUCCCAUGAAUUUUCUUACUCUUGCAUAUUGCAAUUAUGGUUGCAUAACUACAUGUACAGCUACAGAAAUAGUUAUAUAAUGAAAAUUAUCUGGAAAAACCUAAAUUAAAGACAAAAACAGGUAGUUUGUAAACUCACUUGUGAUCUACUGAAAAGAUGUUAUAUUAAAAUAUUAUCCUUCUUCUCUGUCCUCUGAAAUAACUGCAGUAGAUACUCAGUUAUCCAACUUUUUAUUUUUGUGGCUCUGUUUGAUUUAAUCAACUCCCAGAGGUGGUCUUUUGUUUUAAAUUAGGGAAACAGAGCUAGAUUUACAAGUACAUGUGGCUCUUGGAUUUUUUUUUUUUAGGAAAAUUAUCAACCCAGCACCAGAUGCAAGUCACAUAAGUGUUCUGAUAAAAUGGAUAUGUCCUUUUCCUCCCCAUUUUGCUCAUUGCUGAGUAAUGCUCUUAACAAAUGUGUACAAAAACUAGAUUUCUGCCUCUAACAUCUUUCUACUGCAUUACUUCAAAAUUCUAAUUUUGUCUCUAUUGAUAUGUCUUAUUAACAUCUGAAAAAAUGUUUUAUUGGAAAACUAUAGUUUGUUAGGCCUUAAGAGUUUUGUGGCAGAAUUACUUUGCUGUGUUUCAUCAGUCAUUGACUACCUUAUGGCAUGCUUUCAUUACUAGACUUCAGGCAGUCUCUUUUCGUUGUAUCCUAUUUAUAUACAAUUAACAAAUUGUUUCCUUUCCAUGCCUGUUACAUAUCUGAGAUUUUGAAGUUUUUAUUAAAAAGUAUGCUAGCGUGAAUAUAAGCAUUUGAUGUUUAGUAACAUUGGACUUAAAGUACAGAGAUUCUCAUACGGGUAUGUCCACUGGCAUAGGAAUAGAAUGGAUGAGGGUCUGGAUCAGGAUCCAAAUGCCAGAACAAAGAAAAGCAAUCAGCUGAACUGGUUUGCUUUAAAAACAGAGUGGACCUGUAUAAAGAGUGAGACCACAUGUGGGUGUGCACACCUAUUGUUCCCAGGUUUCCCUCCCUCUGAGCUUUUCUGUCUCUCUCCCUAACUUCUCUGGCCUGUUGUCAGUGUUGUUUCUUUAUGCUUAGGGAGAGGAAAACAAAACUGAGGUUUUCUACACUUUGCCUAACUGAGCUACUACCAGGUUUGCUGGCAGCUGUGGCCACAUUAUUUGUGAGGUGAUUUUGGGUUCAGAGUGACUUGAUUCUGAUUCCUUAUGUUGUUUUAUAUGGCGCAGCACUAUUAUCUGUGUUUUAGCAGAACUAUUCCUCUGUAUUUUAUUUUUCCUUGUUUUGUUUCCUUUUUAAAUUAUGCAUAGAGUUUUUUUGUGUGUGAAAUUAAAGCCAUUAUUAACCUUC